GCGAGAGAGAGAGAGAGAGAGAGAGGGACCGCUUAGCUGCUGCUGCUGGCCACAGUAAGAGGAGGAGAGGAAAGUGUUUCAUUUUGCAUGGAAAUACGCAUGAAAGCAGUGGCAUGUGUGCGUUACGGGUUGUGGUUUGCCGAACUCUUUCCAGCGCCUCAAAACCUGCCCUGAGGAUGACCAUCCAGAACGGGUCUGUGACACCUGCCAGAGACCACUGCACUCAGGCAGCGGAUCAGAGGAACGGCCUGAGAUGGGACCUGUCACCAGCUGAGAUCAGGACCAGGACGGACUGCUUGAUUAACAGAGUAAAGAAGGUCUAUGAUGACAUCGGAUCUCUAAAGAUAGAAAAUGUUUCUGUCGAAAACACGCUGAAAACCUUGGCUGACGUCAAGCUGGAUUAUGCUUCAUCGCGCCACGUUCUCGACUUCCCUCAGUACGUUUGUCCUUCUAAAGAGGUUCGGACAGCGAGCACAGAGGCCGACAAGAAACUGUCAGAGUUUGACGUGGAGAUAAGUAUGCGGGAAGACGUGUUCCAGCGAAUCACUGCCUUGCAGGAAAAGCUCCAAGGCAACCUUACACCUGAAGAAAAGAGAUUCUUGGACAGACUAGUUACCUUAGGCAAGCGGAAAGGAUUACACCUGUCUGAAGAUAUACAAGAGGAAAUAAAAAGAACUUCCAAGCUCAUAAGUGAGCUCUCCAUAGAGUUUAACAAGAAUCUGAAUGAGGACAAUACGUUUCUGGUUUUCUCUGAGCGUGAAAUGGGUGGGCUGGCUGACAGCUAUCUCAGUGGGCUGGAGAAGACGGCAGAUGGGCGCUAUAAAGUGACACUUGAAUAUCCCCAUUACUACCCCCUGAUGAAGAGGUGCCACAAUCCUGAGACCAGGAGGAAGGUGGAAACGGCUUUUCACAGCAGGUGUAAAGAGGUAAACACAGCGAUCCUUGAGGAGUUGAUACAACUGAGGGCAAAGGUUGCAGACUUACUUGGCUACAGUAGCCAUGCAAACUAUGUGCUGGAGAUUAACAUGGCCAAGAAUGCAAGCAAUGUGUCUGACUUCUUAGAUGCUUUCUAUGAAAGACUGAAGCCCAUUGGAAUCAAGGAGAGGAAAUACAUUCUCGCACUAAAGAAGAGGGAGUGCUUGAUGAAGGGCUACCAGUAUGAUGGACAGAUCAAUGCCUGGGACUUGCCCUACUACAUGAAUCAAGUGGAGCAGUGCAAGUUUGCGGUGAACAAGGACAAACUGAUCGAGUAUUUCCCACUUGAUGUGGUGACACAAGGACUGUUUGGUAUUUACCAGGAGCUGCUGGGUCUCACGUUCACAGAGGUGGAACAUGCUUGUGUGUGGCACGAAAAUGUCAAGCUUUACUCAGCCCAGGACACUGAAACAGGAGAGGAGAUUGGCCAGUUCUACUUGGACUUGCAUCCAAGGGAAGGAAAGUACAGCCAUGCAGCCUGCUUUGGGCUCCAGCCCGGCUGCAGAGGGCCUGAUGGAAAACGCAGGCUUCCAGUGGCGGCUAUGGUGGCUAACUUCACCAAGCCCAGGAAAGGAUGGCCCUCUCUUCUCCAGCACCAUGAAGUGGAGACUUACUUUCAUGAGUUUGGUCAUGUUAUGCACGAACUCUGUUCUAAGACCACUUUUUCAGAUUUCAGCGGGACCCUGGUGGAGACGGACUUUGUGGAGGUUCCUUCACAGAUGCUUGAGAACUGGGUUUGGGAGAAGGAGCCUCUGAGAAGAAUGUCUCGCCAUUACAAGGACGGGACACCAAUCCCUGACAACCUGCUUGACAAACUGAUUGCCUCCAGAGUAGCCAACACUGGACUGAUGAACCUGCGUCAGGUAGUUCUCAGUAAAGUGGACCAGACGCUACAUAACAGCCCUGGUGCAGAUACAACUGAGGUGUUUGCCAAGCACUGCCGGGACAUCCUCGGUGUCCCUGCCACACCAGGUACCAACAUGACAGCCAGUUUCAGCCACUUGGCCGGCGGAUAUGAUGGUCAGUACUAUGGCUAUCUGUGGAGUGAAGUCUACUCCAUGGACAUUUUUUUCAGUCGUUUUAAAAAGGAAGGCAUCAUGAAUCCAAAGGUUGGAAAAGAGUACAGAAAGGUGAUUCUGGAAGCAGGCGGCUCGGUGGACGGAAUGGACAUGCUAAAGACCUUCCUUGGACGUAGCCCAUGUCAGGAUGCCUUCUUUCAGUGCAAAGGGCUGAUUAAGCCCCAGGAAACACAAACACUAAUUUGAUAAAAUCUUUACGAGUAUUUCGCCAAGGCAGUGGUUGCUUGAAGUGUGUUACUGUGCUUAAGUUGUUUUUUUUUUUUUACUUGAUUUCUACUUGUCAACAUUCGUUCAAAUAUACAGUAGAUAACAGAGGGGCCUUGUGAUGAUACAUACAGUAGGCCCUUCUCACCGCAGAUGUGUUACUAAUAACAUCAUGACUGCUUCGUAGUAUUAAAGUGUCCCGGCACGUCAGGACAGUCUUGACAGUGUGCCAGCGCGCACAUUAUCACAACACUGAAAACAAAGCAGCUAAAUGUGCCCUGUAAAAAUGUAAAUUACACUGAUUUUUUUUUUUAAGUGAUGCAGCAUUAGAAAGCUGUUGAGAUUCAAAGUGGUCAUCAUCUAAAUGCAUAAAUAAAAUUUCCGUUGUACUGAAACAUAUAUAUUUACAGAUACAGACACAUAGUUAUUUCACACUGUCAAAGCUACAGAAAGACAUAAUGCGAGAUGUUAAAGCUCCAUGUGUUCAAGCAAAAUGGCUCAAAAAACCUUACAGUGAAUGUUUUGGACUUAUCUAUAUAAAUUCCCUCCUUAAAUGGCAUUAGACUAUUGUGAUGAAAUAUCCUCAGAUCUCUCUACUCCAGAACAGGAUUACGAAAAUGUGCUCAUAGUGUGGAAGAAGGGGGUUUUGCAUAAUUUGGGGACUUCUUGUAAUUCCCCUGCAAGAAAAAAAAAAGUUAUUUAUGUACACCAGGGGGCGCCACAAGAUAGAAAAUGCUGCUGUGCGAAGCAAACGUAGUGAAGAAAAAUAAAUGUUCUCGGUGAGAAUGAUGAGAAUUCCUCUUUCCACUAUUUAAAUAAAGUCCUUAUUCGUG